AUGAAGGGAAAGACUAACACGCCCACUCCUCUACUGUCAGGCGGCAUUGAGAAAACCCUCAAACUGCUACAGUCGGUCUCGCAGAUCGGCGAGAGCAUUGGCGAUUCCUCCCCCACGUUCGUCGAUCUUGCGCAAUGGACGACGGCGAAAAACCAGUUUGCCCUUGCACGUCGAUACUUCCGGCUCUUCAAAUGGAUCGACUGCUUCACCGUAGCCAAUGCUCAGUACCAGGCGUUCGGAAGCACGCAGCCAAAAGGCAAAGACAAGGGCAAGGGUGGAACGGAAACGGCAACGAAAACGACAGUGAAAACUCCAGAAGAUCCCGGAGACAAUUUCCGCGUACUGCUCUCGGUGUCCAAAUGGUCCUUCCUCGGCAUUUAUCUCUUCCUGGAAAUGUUUACGAUAACCAACGCCUUGUCCCUGACAUCAUAUUCAUGGGGCCCCACUGUGCAAAUCGAGGCGUUGAAAUUCUGGGCCUACUCGCUCGCCGUAUCAGUCAUAUUGGGCAUCUAUGAGCUUUUCCAACUCGGCUCGGAUUCCACACCGACACCUACCACUGAACCCGACGGCAGGGGCAAGCACGGCAGAGAAGAGAAGACCACCCUAGUAUCCGGCAGAGAAGAGAAGACUACCCCAGCAUCCAGCACUACAUCAGCCUCGAGACCUCCUUCAUCCUCUCCCGGGACAUCCCGUUCCAGCCAAGCCCACAAGCGUCGAGCCAUCUACAAGCAAAUCGUCAGCGACGGCUGUGACCUGCUUAUCCCCGCCUCGGCUGUCGGAUGGAUCUCGCUGGACCCUGUUACUCUCGGCGUGGCUGGCUCGAUCAGUGCUGUGCUCGGAGCAUCGGAGGUCUGGGCCAGAGUCAACCCGUGA